AAAAUAAUUUCGGCAACCCAGUCUGACGACAUUGCACAGCAAAGUGAUGACCACUAAAAUUGUUGCUACCGUUUGAUUAAUUCAGCUUAACGUUGACAAAACGUUUUUGUUGACUGUUAGCAGGUCCUAUAAUUAUGCCUUGCAGGAGAGGGGGUAACGUAAACAAACGUUUCCACCCUGCCGACACAAAUUGGUAAAGGGAUGCAAAUUUCAGCAAGCUUUCACAACGUUCAGCUAACGUAUAACUGAGAGCCAAUCAUAAAAUUUUAAUUUUUUAAUGCUUUCACUAUUGGCCCUAUCCUGCAAUGUAUAAUUAGCAUUGGAAGAUUCGAAAAGUCUUGAAUCCUAUCUUUCAAUGGUAAGUUGGCACCGUCUGGCAAUAGAAACGUUCUGUCAACGUCGAGCUGAGACAAUAAAACGUCUGACAGCAGUUUAAUGCUCAUCAGUCGAUCGCCAACUGUCAGCUCGGUUGCCACAAUUUUUGCAGUUCCCUUGAAAAUUAAUUUCUACAUUUUGCGAACUGUAUUCAAUUCUUGAUUUACUUUCAUAUGGCUUAUAGAGUCGCUUCUGAAUUUUCUCCCAACGCUGUGGCCGCUGGUUGGGAUGUGGCCUCUACACGGCUCUUGAAAGCACCAAAUGAUCGAUUUUGCGUUCAGUGCGGAUUUGUUAUCCGGGGUCAGGCGAUGGACAAACCUGCUGUGUGCCCACACAAAAAUUGCAAGCAGCCUCUAAUCUUCCGAGCAAAUCAAUUUGAUUCCGCUAGCAAGUGGGGACGCUGCCGACAGUGUGACAGCUUUACUCACGCCGACUUCCCAUACUGUCAAUCCUGCGGUACGGCUAAUCGAGACGCCCUUUCCCGAAAACGCCGCUUUGAACAAAUUCAAAUUCAGAAACAGCAGCUUGAAGCCAAGCGACUGAAAGAAGAGAAUGACGCCUUGAAGCAGCAAACGCAUGAUCCUGAUUUCUUGUUAUGGAAAGAAGUGAAGAAGGAGGAGGAGCGGAAACGAAUAUUAGAAGAAGAAAAGAAGAAAAUUGAGGAGGAGGAGGCUAACGCUGAUGCCGAACAGGUAGCUGCCGCGAAGAAGUUAGAGGAAUCUCUUCUACAGGAUGAUGAAGAAAUGAAGGAAUAAUGUGGUAAAUGUGCAAAAUCAUAAAAUUUUAAUGAAGCUUUUUAAGUCUCCCUCUUAUUUGUAAUUAGUUUGAUGAUUUUUUAAAUUUCAAGAACUGUUUUUUGUUUUAUUUGUUUCAAUGUUUCUUACUUACUUUCAUGCUUCCUACUUAAAAUUUACACAUGUAUUUAUGAAAUAAUUUAAAUGAAUAAAACAUUCCAUUAAAAAUAUAUAAAAACAAAAUUAAAUUUGCCUUAGCAUUACUUUUGUAAAUAUUAAUAGCAUUAAAACUUAUUUUUAUUUCAUCAAGCCAAACACAUUGCUCAUCUUAUAUUAAAAUAGUCACACAUAGACAGAAAUGUUAAAUUUAAGAGCCGGGGCUAUGAGACUACUCACACGAAGCGGCAAUUUCAAACCUUAGCAUGUGUGGUCGGCCAACGAAUCCCGGCCAGCGAAAUACAUAGACAACAUUUAAAAUGCAGACUUAGUCACGUAAAUUUCAGAUCACGUGGCGUUAUUCAGGAAGUGUGCCCAGUUCACAGGACACGUGGCGUAAUACAGGGGGUGUGCCCAGGUCACAG